AUUCGAGUCAUAAAGUCACCUGCCUCUUAGAUGCAUGCAUAUAACAGCAACCUCAUCCUCCCAGUUCAUGUUCGCAGUUGCAAUGGACAAACCUGCAUCAGUGUGAUGUUUCUCCACCAUGCCUCCACCUUCCUCACCCUCCUCCACUUCGUCUCCUUCCUCCUCGCCAAGCUCUUCAUCCAUCUCCUUGCCAAGCCCCCAAACCACCACCAAAUUUGCAGGUGCACUCAUCUUGUUGCUGAAGAAGAUGAACCAGCAAUCCACGAAUCCUACUCCCGAAACGAAGAGAUCAAUGCUUCCGACGCAUUUAGCACUAGGGAAGAAAGCUUGUUCAACGAGCAGCAUCGCCUCUUCAAAGAAGUUGAUGAUCAUGAAAGCUUUAUGGAUCAAGAACCCCCGCUUGAAUCCUCUCCAGUUGAUCGUGAAGAUCGUGGAGUGGAGUGCCAUGGUGAAGUUAAAGAUGCAAAUGCUGUUGAAAUUGGAGAUUCUUUAUUACAUAAAGUGGCGGCAGUUCAGUUCGAUAGCAAAAAAUUUAAGCUCGAAGAAAAGACUUUUGGUGCUUCUCUUACAAGCGAAUCCACUUCAAAGAGUUCCAUGGAAUGGAGAAGCUCUGCUAUCUUCAGCGAUUCAGUGACCGAGUGCCCCUUGUCGUCUUCCUCGCGCAGGAGUUCAUCCCACUGGGAGAAUUACACAUUCUUCCGCAAGUACGAUGAGGAGACGAUGUUCUUCGAUCGAAUCUGCGCGCAGAAACUCACUGAAACAGAAAAGUUUAGGUCCUUAAAGUGCCAACCGAGAUCGAUCUCGCAGAGAAUAGUUCACAAACUAAACAAGGAGAAGAAGGGAAGUCGCCAAAGGCCUUAUCAAGAGUUAGAGUGCGUUUACGUGCCUCAGAUUUGCUUAGCUUGGGAAGCCCUCAGUUGGAACUACAACUACUUCAGGCAAAAGCACGCCCAAGGAUCAUCAGACAGUGAUAAAAAAUCCUGUUGCACUGAAUGGAUAGCUGAGCAAUUCCAGCAGUUUCAGGUCCUCUUGCAACGAUUCAUCGAAAAUGAGCCCUACGAGCGCGGUCGUAGGCCUGAAGUAUUCGCUCGAACGAGGAACUUUUCGCCAAAAUUUCUCCAAGUUCCUGAAUUCAGAGAUCCGGAAGCAGAUGAAUUAGGUAAAGAGGAAAUGGUUUCGCCGGCCGAGCUCCUGGCAAUUCUCGAAGACUCGAUCCGAACCUUCAUGAUCUUCCUCAAGGCAGACAAGGAGACUCCUUGUCAAAUGCUGAAGGCCCUUAUCAGGAAGAAAACCAGUUCAGUGGAUCCAAAUCGACUUCAUUUUCUCAAGAAAGCCAACAAGAAAAGCAAGAUGACGCUUAAAGAUAUACUGAGGGCAAGAGGAUGCUUGAAAAGGCAGAGGGUAAUUAAGGGGAAACAAGUGAUGGAUGUCCUCAUGGCCUUAAUCGACAUGAAGAUUGUGUCCAGAGUUCUGAGGAUGCCUGAGAUCAGCCAAGAACAGCUGCAAUGGUGUGAAGAGAAGAUGAGCAAAGUGAAGGUGUGGAAAGGCAAAAUCCAAAGAGAUUCCUCCCCACUUUUCUUCCCUGUUCAUUGACUCCCACGUCACGGCUGCACAAUCUACUCUGCUUUUUAGUGACUAGAUAAAGCCCACGAGGAUAUGCAUUCCACCUUAACUCUUGUCACACAAAAUCUGGGAAUUGACAGCUCCAAUUCACAGCCAUGGCUGCAUGUGAAGAUCAUGGAGGAGGGAUAGAGGUCCAUGCUAGUGCACAAGAAAGUUGAUAGCUGUUGGUUUUCACAAAAGUGAAAGUGCAUGUGUGUGAAGGAGGAAGGGUGGGGGUAGAGAGGAGCACAACUUUAGCUUUAUUUUGCUUUACUAGUAGCGAAUAGGGCGGCCAUGGCCAUUAAAUUGUAUAUUGGAACAUAAAAGUAGAGGAAGAUGAUGACAUAUAUACUGGAAUUCACAAUAUUA